CUGUGGGCUUCGAAGGUUCGAGUCCCACUGCGGGAAUGAGCCUUUUUGACCUCUUUCGGGGCUUUUUCGGCUUUUCUGGACCUCGAAGGUUCUCAGAUCCCAACUCUUGUCCCACUCUGUCGCGCAUUAGCUGAUGUUAUGGUUUAAGUGCUGAAAUUUUGGUGGCUAAUCUGCCUCCACCCCUAGCCACAGAGAUUCCUUUUUUGGAGGAAUGACUCGCGAUGAAGACGAAGAUGAUGAGGAAGAGGAGGAAGGAGUCACGUGGGGCCGUGGGAACUCGAGGUUUGAGGGUCCCCAGCCCCCCGAGGAAUUUAGCUUUGGCUUCAGCUUCAGCCCUGGAGGAGGAAUGCGUUUCCACGAUAACUUCGGCUUUGAUGACCUAGUGCGGGAUUUCAAUAACAUCUUCAGCGAGAUGGGGGCCUGGACCUUGCCUUCCCGCCCUCCUGAACUUCCAGGUCCUGAGUCAGAGACACCUGGUGAGAGACGGCAGGAAGGACAGACGCUUCGGGACUCAAUGCUUAAGUAUCCAGAUAGUCACCAGCCCAAGAUCUUUGGUGGGGGCUUGGAGAGUGAUGCAAGAUCUGAAUCCCCCAAACCAGCACCAGACUGGGGCCCCCAGAGACCUUUUCAUAGGUUUGAUGAUACGUGGCCUGUGACCCCCCACUCUAGAGCCAGGGAAGACAAUGAUCUUGAUUCCCAGGUUUCUCAGGAGGGUCUUGGCCCGGUUCUGCAGCCCCAACCCAAAACCUAUUUCAAGAGUGUCUCUGUGACCAAGAUCACUAAGCCAGAUGGGACUAUAGAGGAGCGCCGGACUGUGGUGGACAGUGAGGGCCGGAAAGAGACCACAGUAACCCAUCAAGAGGCAGGCGGCAGUCCUAGAGAUGGUCUAGAAUCACCAACACCUCCAUCCUUGGAUGAUUCCUCUUCCAUCCUGGAUUUGUUCCUAGGACGUUGGUUCCGGUCCCGGUAGCCUUGUUAAUUAACCUCAGAGGCCUUUAGAUUCUUUCCACCUCCUACCCUUGCUCGGUAUUAAUGGGCUUAGCUGUCUUCCUGUCCCCUCAGGACCUCGGGUGUGCAGAGCAGUGAACUGAAGGUCUGUCAGUGUGUCCGUCACCCAAACUGACCAAUAAAACCUUUAUUUAUGCUAA